AUGCCAGAAAUGAUCCCAAUCGACCCCGAAAGCGACUUGGAAGACGUCGAAGGCGACGUCGACGACCCACCAGUUUCGCAUGGCUCCCGGGCAACUAAUGGUUGCAUCGCGAGCAACGGCAUCAACUAUGAGCAGCCCGAGACCGAGAAGGAACUCGUGAGUAGCGGCCCGGAGCAGGACGCCAGCCCCGAGGAGGUGCACGCCUUGUAG